AUGGAGAGAGACCAGCGGUCAACCAUUUCUCCAAGUCACUUUUUCGAGAGGCGUAAACAACGACGGAGGAGGGGGGGAUUCAUUUAUGUCAUAAUCGGUCGUCGGCAUUCCUGGCGAUCUCCCUCGCUACACACGUGUCUGCACCCGCAGAGGAAUCCUGUGCCCGGACCCGCCGUGUACGCCAUCCCCACGCCGUCGCGGGGCGCACUUGUGCACACACGCUCGCGCAACGACGACGGCCGCCGCUCUUUUCCCUCCCUUCAGCCUCCGGAGGCCGACCCACGGCCGGCCUCUCCGCGCUCCGGGCCCCGCCCAGGUCCUCCUGUCCCCAGCUGUGCCUCCCACGUCCACUCGGGGCCGUGCCCACUGACGGGGCUUGGCAGAGAGCCGCGCGCCACUCUCGGGGCUGGGAUUUGGGACCACAGAUCAGACCUGCCGCGGGGGGCGCACGCUGCGAGGGGAGCUCCCGGAACCGCGUGGCAAGCGAGGACGAGUAGGAAGAGAACAGCCAUGGACUUGUGGUUCCUUCUGCCUCUCUGUGGGAUCUUGAUAGAAUCGACAGUAGCAGAACCACCCGCCCCCAAGGACCUUCCUCCUGACCCCUUCAAUUAUGAUUAUCGCUCCCUGAGAAUUGGGGGGCUGGUUUUUGCCGUCAUCCUCUUCCUGCUUGGCAUUCUCAUUGUGCUCAGUCGCCGUUGUCGCUGCAAGUUCAACCAGCAACAAAGGACAGGAGAACCAGAUGAGACGGAAGGGGCCCUGCGCAGCUCAAUUCGCCGUUUAUCCACCAGGAUGAGAUAGAAGAAGCCCAGAGCUGGCUGCUCCCAGUGUGUCCGUUCCUCCUGGAUCCAGAGUGUUCUCCUCUCUCUACUGCGCUGCACUGCUCUACCCUUCCCGCUUCCCAGCAAGACUCCCGCCUCUUGCACCGAAGCCGGCAAAUUCCAGGCCUGCUGUCAUGGUGGCGAUCCCAGUCCAGCUGAGCCCCCGCUCUCUUGGAAGCCCAAGGCUUGCUCUGCGGACUCCCGAUUUCUUUCGCAGAGAGAGGGGAUGUCGUCCAGCCGUUUUGAUUAAGCGUAGUCCUCGCAUUAGGCAAUAGGCGAAUGCUGUAUCUGCCUUUUCAAGUGAUUGUUAUGCUCAGACUGUUAUGAUGAGUUUUUCCAUGGGAUGCUCUUCAGGCCUACCUAGGCGUAGAGCUAGGCUGAAAGCUGACAGCCCUGUCUUGUCUCAGGGCAUGAAAAGGAAACAGAAAUGGGGAGAGGCCUGUGCCCUCCUGAUCCCAAAGAAGCUCAUCUACAGUAGGGUGUUGUUUCAUUGUCCUGCAUUGCCAUUCAGUGCGAGUUGGAAGUGGGGCCUAUAGCCAACCUGUGCUGCACUGACUGAGAAAGGGAGGGUAGAAUGUGGUCUCCAGUCCUUGACCACUUAUGGCCCACACCCAAAGCAAUCUGAGAUUCAGGAGGUGGGGGCAACCCUUGCCAGAGUCAUAUCUGCACCAUCUUGUGGGAACCCUCUUGACCUUUCUGACUUACAAAGUAUAAAGCGGGGACUGGGGGUACCUGCAGCCUUCUAGAUGUUCCUGGCAGGGGCGACUGGUGUCUCCAUGCCAGCAGGGCAUUGGACGCCACUCUGGGUUUUAGUCUGAACUUUCAAGGUGCUGUCCAAGGUGCUGAACGGACCGGAUUCCACAGCCCCACUGACAAGGAGCCGCCAGCCACCACUGGUUCUUGGACUCCAAGUCCCCUCAGCCCCAAGCCACUCUUGUCAAGGGUCACGGAUGAUGGGAGUUGCAGUCCAGCAAAUAAAUAAAUAAAUAAAUAAUGCAUGGCCAUAGGUUC